UUGAAGGGCUGUAUGAUGUGCUGUGUAUGUACAUGGUGUUAUGUGUACACUGCACUGUCUGCUAAUGUACUGCAAUGCCAAGAGCUGAAACGAAGCAAGGUUUUCACUUCAAACUUAUAUUUUAGCUCUAAAAGACCUGCAGAAUUGGAUUGUUUGGAGAUUUUACAGAAGUUGAAUCAGUUGUGAUGGAUAUCGUGGAAGUAUCUGAGAACUUGUCGAAAGAAGAAAUGGCAUCUGACAAGGCAGGGCUACAUGACAGACAUAAUGACAUCCAAGAAGAACACGCAGAGGUGGUUGUGGUGCAAGCUGGUUUACCAAGCGUGGUUGAGAGUGACCAACAGAUGGACGAUGGUCAAGAAUACCCCUCUGGUUACUUCACCGACCCAGACAUGGCUCCCUUGAGGUCACGAUCAACCUGGCCGGAGAAACGAAUCAUGGGCCUCCUGGACAUCUACAUCAACGAGUAUCCCGUCUACCAGAAGGCGAAGAUGGAACGCCAGAUCACCGAGUUCCACGAUUACAUCGGCCAGAUCGUCAACACCGAUGGGAUCCUUGUGGCAGGGCUCCUCAAGAACCUUAGCAGAGAGUACCGCAAGUUGGUGAACCGUGGCAGCGGCAGCUCCUCCGGACCUCUCAAGUUGCGAGGGUCCAGAGAGCUGUUCCAGAAGUUCGAGCAGUACUACCAGGUUUACAGCAAGUUAAGCCCACAGGACUCGGGGGCAGGGAAACCUUUAUCCAAAUUCUCAAAGCCGAAACUUCCGAAAGGAAAAGCCUCUUAUCAGGUGAUGCCAAAGAUCAAGAAACUGAAGAAGACCCCAAAGCCGAUGCCAGAAAUGACUUCAUUCAACGCGAUGAUGAACCCUGUUGAGGUGAAGAUACCUCCGGUUGCGGUCAUGUCAGACAAAUACUGUCAAGAGUACAUUGAAGUCAUGAGAGAACAGAAUCACGCAUUGCUAGAAAUUGGCAAGGAACUUCGCCUGAUGCGUAUGGGCUACUUCACGGAGCAUGAAUUGGCGAUGGACUGAAAUCCUUAUAGAGUCAAACAUGUCUACGGCGAUCGCCCAAGGGAAACACAAAAAGUGGUCUUUGUAGACAGGUGGUCUUUGUAGACAGGUUCCUUUAGUACAUGUUUCAAUGAGAAACCAUGUUCAAGGGAAGCAAGAAAUGUGCUUGUUGUAGACAGGUGGUCUUUGUAGACUAAAGCUGGUUUGACUGUAUCCAGAUGAAUAUCAAAAAAAUGCAUCCAUUGAAAUUUUUUACAAGUCAUGAAUUUGAACAAACCUAACAGUGUGCCAUGUACAUGUACAUGUAACAGCAUUCAUAAUGAAUAGGUGUACAAUGCAUUGUUUUUUGACAGGCUAAUACAGCAACUAGCAGUCAUUACCUGGAGAAUAUCAUUCUUCAUACUGGAAACAUGGACAAUGGAAGUUUUUUUAUUGUUAUCGGAGAUGAGUAAUAUGCAUACAACAGGGCUUAAAUUAAUCGAAGGCCAUGGCCUUUUGAUUGGCCUCAAUGCCCCUCUCAUUGGCCUUGGAGAUUUGUUGUGCCCUUUCAAAUUCUUCCUAUUUGUGCUGUAAUAUAGGAAUGUGCCCUACAGAAAAGUGGCCUUGGCCUAAAAAUAUUGAAAUUUUUAAGGCCUGUAUACAAUGUACCUGUCAUGUGGAGAAAAAAAAUUGAUAUAAACUUGGUAAUUAAUGUGACAGGGGUUGGAUAAGAUCAUUAGAGGCCACC